AUGGACAAUAUAAUACGAUCUGUGCUUAUUUAUUUUUGGUAUCUUUUCUUCGACACAUCACUCCCUGCUCAGACCUUUGCUCUUGUUGCAAACGCUCUCCAUCUGUUCAUUUUAUUCCAAAAACCACUCCGGUCCAAUGGAAUUUUCAAUUUUAUGACUGCAAUAUGUAUCUCUGACAUUUUGAAUUACAUCUUAUCGUUUCCCGAUUCAGCAGACAAUUAUAAACACGAUGUCUAUCAGGCAUACAUAUGGUUAGACACUCCAACGUGCCCGAGACUCGCAUUAGGUUGGAAUCUAAUUGAUAUUCCAAAUCAACUGUUGUCCACGUUCUACAGUAUAACUCGAGUAUACUCAAUUUGGUUGGUUGUUGUAAUGUCUUCUGUGUAAAGAGAUCUCACCAGAAUGGCAACGUAAUGCACUACUUUUUUGUAACACUUGUGUCAAAAAUUCUCAUUUAUACAUUCGUUUAUCUUGUCGAUUUAUACCAUCACCUGAAACCUUCUAGUUCGAAAAUGUUUGCGCACUUAAAAACUGACAUAAAGUUAUCACGAGUUUCAAAAAGAACUCUAGGAUAUAAUAUGAACACCCAUCCAACCAAAGAACUGAUUCCUUCAGACAACAUGAAUGUAAUUGUAAUCCAUAAUAUCAUUAUUGAUGUGUUAUCCGAAUUCUUGGAUUCACUUUGCAUCAUAUUAGCUCUUUUUUGUUUAAUUUUCCUCAACUGAAAAAUGAGGAUGCCAGUGAGGAAAGGGUACAUCAGUUCGCCUUAUUGUCUUUCUAUUAUGCAAUGUUCACAGUGAGAGCUGUGAAUUCAUUAUCUCAUAUUGUGAUUUGUGCGAAAAUGGCGACCGUAUACAGAGUGGAAUUAAAUCGUAUUUUCUGUAAAAAGAAACCCAUGUUUGUAAAUAAUGUUCGUCCUCU